AUGGCAACCUUUGUGAUGCAGUCCCUGGGGUGCGAAGUUGCUGCCCUAAACACCGUCAAUUUCAGCAAUCACACCGGCUAUGGCCAGAUUACGGGGACGAAGGCGUCUGCCCAGGAAAUCACCGCUCUUUACCAUGGCCUGCGCCAAAGCUACCUCACCGACUUCGACGUGCUCUUGACCGGCUACGCCCCCAGUGCGGCGGCGGUGGAGGCCGUUGGCGCCAUUGGCCGAGAAUUGCAGCAGAAAUCGGCCUCGCGACCGGGGUCGUUCUUCUGGAUUCUCGACCCGGUGAUGGGAGACCAAGGCCGCAUCUACGUCAAUGAAGACGUGGUGCCCGCCUACAAGUCGUUGAUACCACAUGCCGAUCUGAUACUGCCGAAUCAGUUCGAAGCCGAAUUGCUGUCGGGAAUCACCAUCAAAUCCCUGGCCGACCUCGCUGCCGCCAUCGCCGCCAUCCACCGGACGUACCACGUCCCACACGUCAUCGUCACGUCGGUGCAGCUUCCCACCACCACCAGCACCACCACCGACGGAGCCGCCCGCACCGCGCCGCCCAACACCCUAGUCAUCAUCGGCUCCACCGUACGCUCCGACGGGUCGCCGCGGCUGUUCAAGGUCGACGUGCCGUGUCUGGACUGCUUCUUCUCCGGCACCGGCGACAUGUUCGCGGCGCUCAUGGUGGCACGGCUGCGCGAAGCCGUCUUCGCCGACAACGCUCACGCUGACGCCCACGCCGCGCCGAACACCUCGCCCCUACUGCGCGAGACCCCGUCGUGGGUCUCCCCUGACCGCGUCGCACCCGCGGACCUGCCGCUGGCCAAGGCCACCGAGAAGGUGCUGGCUAGCAUGAAUGCCGUUCUGGAGAGGACCAUGGCGGCGCGGGCGCGGGAGCUGGCGGGUCAUGUGGACGGAGAUGGGAGUGAGGGGGAAGGGGAGGGCGUGACGGAAGCGGAGCGGGAGCGGGCGGCGGAGAAACGAGCGCGGCUGCGGAGGACGAAGGCGGCGGAGGUCCGGCUGGUGCGCAAUGUGGAUCUGUUGAAGAAUCCGAAGGUGAAAUUCUUUGCGCAGGAAUGUCGGAUAUAG